AUGAGUUAUAUAGGAUUUAGUGAUCAUACUUUAUUGAAAGUGUUAUUAAUGUUUACUUUUGUUAUUUCAAUAACAAGUGCUUAUGUUUUCUUUUAUAAAAGAUAAACUACAUAUGCCAAGAAUACUAUAACAGACUCAUAAAUUUUGAGAAUGAGAGCUUUGGCUUAAUUAAGAGAAUAAAGAUAGAUAAAAGAGAAAUAAGAAUGA